AUAUCCUCUUUUAUUGAGAGGGAGCAUGAAUUCCGGUUUUUAGCUGUGACUCCAGAAACAUUUUAUGGGCUGUUUUACACUACUCCAUCGGUACUAUGUGCAUGUUAUAGUGAUGAGGAAUACUUCAUGAACAGAUGUGAAGGCAAUAAAGAGAUAUUAUAUCAACGGUACAGUAUGGCAUUGUCAAGAUUUGGUUGGAUGAUAUCUUACCCUGUCGCGUUUAUCUUCGCCAUUGCGUGUUGGCAGCAAAAAAUUCUAAGUGAAGCAGCGUACGAAAACUUCCUAUAUCAUACAUUUCUUGGCGACCGUAAAACAACCAUUCGCGAGUACUUAGCAACUUCAGGCUCGAGCAUAAUGGAGGAAGAGCCUCCCGAGCAGCUAAAACAUCGUUAUGGUGGUUAAUCUGAGCUGCGAUUUUGUGAACCUUAGUUACCCUUGUCUAGACGAAGGUUUAAGGAACUUGGAAGGUUUUUUGGUAUAAUUUUAUUGACUUAUUGAUAUGAGGUCCUAAGUCAGUACACUACACAUUGUUGUAGUGGUUUUCAGUAU